AUGCAAAAACCUGUUGAUUCACACUCCUUCAAAGAACCUACUGCCGUUGCAUCUAAUGAGCAGCAAUCCCAGUUCGAAAUAGCUGCACCACCCGUGCCAGUACUUGAUCGAGAUCAUCAACCAGUAGUACGGGUUAGAGAUAUUGAAGCAGAAAAACCUCAAGUAGGCAGUCGUCAACGAAAAAACGAAUUUGAACCUUAUUUGAAUGGUGAAAUCACAAAUAUAUCUCAAUACACUGCCGCACAUGUAGAGUAUCCUAGGAGACCAACGAAAAUACAGAAAUUUAACGAUAAUAACGAUGAAAAAGCCGUCAAUAUUCCUUCUUUAAUCAAAGCAAUGCCUUACAGCUAUGAUGAAAUCGAUUUACCAGAGUGGUUUAAUUACGAUUUGAUACAUGAUCUUGAGAGAUUAGCUUUACCGGAAUUCUUUACGGGUGAUAAUCCAGUAUUAACCCCAGACAGUUACAAAAUGUACAGAGAUUAUAUGAUGAUGACGUACAAAUCCAAUCCUGAUUAUUACUUGACUAUAUCUGCCUGUAAAGCCAAACUGGAUGUAGAUUUAGUGACUUUAGUGAGGGUGCACAGCUUCUUGGAAAGCUACAACUUGAUUAAUUCCAGACCAGACCCUCGUAGGAGAAUAUUCGACCCUUAUAUUGAUAGUGAUCCUUCAGCACAAAUCAAGCCAGGAUCGCAAAGGAAUUUUAAAGAUAUUGAAGGUGCAGAUAUUGACUACCUUCGCAAGCUCAUCUACGAUGAAACACAAGUGGCACCUAUUCGUUCAGCCUGGGACCUGUCUGUUGAAGACCCUAACAACCCUGAUGGCCGCAAGAUAUUCCACUGUUCCAAUUGCCAAGUAGAUUGCAGCGAAAUUCGAUAUCAGUCCUUGAAAUGCAAAAAUUUUCAAGUGUGCAUCGAUUGCUUCCUAGAGGGCCGAUUUCCUGCCACAUUGUUUAGUGGUGAUUUUUUGCGCAUGGAAGGCGGAGAUGAUUUGGAAAUGGAAGAGGAAUGGACAGACGAUGAAAUAUUACAUUUACUGGAAGGCGUAGAACGUUUUGAAGACGAUUGGUUAUUGAUAUCUGAACAUGUUGGCAGUCGCUCCAAAGAACAAUGCAUCACAAAAUUCUUACAGCUACCGAUCAACGAUGAGUUUCUCACGGCUCAGUUAUCAAAAAAGGAAUUGGAAGAAUUACCUUUUGGAGACUUACCUAACCCCGUUAUGACAACAAUUGCUUUCUUAUCGGGUCAUAUUAAUCCGGGCGUAGGCGCUGCUGCUGCAAAGACUGCCCUGAAAGAGUUAAUGAAAUCUGGGGAAGGACAUACGGAAGCUAUUCCAAUAAUUAAAAAUGAAGAAUCAGUGGAUGUAGAUAUGGAUGCGGACAUGGAUAUUGUUGAGGUAGAAGAAGAGAAUGAUAAGACGGGAAUCUUCUCAAAAGAAUUAAUGAAGAAGGCUACCACUUCUGCAUUAAAAACUGCGGUUGAAAAUGCUCGCAAACUUGCAAGCUAUGAAGAUGAAGAAAUCCAACAUUGGACUAGAUUAGCUGUCAAAACAAUGGUUGAUAAGCUAUCGUUUAAAGUACAGCAAUAUGAUGAAUUAGAAGCAUCACUAGAAAACGAACUCACAGAGUUAGAGAAACAACAAGACUUAUUAGCAACUUCAAUUGAAGCCAUCAGUACGCAGCAUUUUCCUUUGCAUGGUUCUGGAGAAUCAAACUCAAUACAACCACAAACGACAGAAGUUACAAACGAUACACCUGGGUCGAUUAGUACAUCCACUACUCUCUCAUAG